CGGAAGUAGCCUUGUAAUCUCUGUGGGAAAGGUUGAGAGUAGAAUCGCCACCAAAGAAGAGAAGUGAGAUAUUGUGUUGCUUCAAUUAAUCGGGAUUGAUUGAUGAGAGCGAAAGGGAAAGGAGGAAGGAGGAAGGAAGGAGGGGAAAGAAUUGGGAAUUUGAGGCGGUACUUGGUCCGGGGUAAGGCCAAGGGAAGAGCGUAGUCCGAAAGUGGGCUGUGGAGGGGAGAGAGAGAGCCUGGAGACCGAGAGAGACUCUUGUAAAAUUGUAAGAGUUGGUUCCAUCCAAGUUGUGUUAGUUGUUGCCAGCCAGGUAAAACUGGCUGGAUUGAGACACAAUCAAUAGGCGCAAAGAGCGCCAGAGGCGGUGGACCACGCCCCACUUCAUUAGGAGGGCGGUAAAUCUCGGCAGUAUGUCACCUGCCUCGCGCUCUCUCUCUCUCUCUCUCUCUCUCUCUCUCUUUCUCUGUCGUCUCUUGUCAUCCCCAGAUUCUCGGAUAACUCCGUUGUGGAUCAUCUGGAUGGUCCAUUCCCACCUCCAUGAAUCUGGCCAUGGUUACCAUGCAGCUGAUGGCACUGAUACCAAAUUCCAAAGCAUUUUGAAAGCAUUCUCUUUGCCGUCACUUCUUUCCCCCUCCUUAGCCCCUCAGCUCUGUCCUCAUUACCCCUCGAUAUGUAAUCCCCGCGCUUCACGCGAGACGGACAGAUCUUCCCGUUUCGGGGUCCGUGAGACAAAACUAGGACGGCUCGGUGAUCCUACACAGUAAGAGCGCCCCACGGACACUGUCGGACCACGUUGGAUCGUCGCAUAGGCGCCUUAUUGUUCUCCCAAUAAUCCAUCCGGGUUUGAUGGACAUUGGGCUUCCGCCUAGAGAAUCUGCAGGGGCUGAGAGGCCAUCACACCUGCAUGCUUCUCUUCCUUCGGUCUUUCCCCGGGCUCCAAGCCGGUGACGUAACUGAUGGGUGAUGCUCUCCGGCCGAGGGGCCUCUUUUGCCGAUGUAGGUCUUGGCUCGAGUGGCCGCUCUCUUCCGCAGUCAUAAUGGUCCUGGGGUGUGCAUGUGUGUGUGUGUGUGUGUGUGCGCGCUUGGGCCAUGAUAGAAAAUAAAGAGAG